UCCCUCUGUGUCGUCGCCUCACGAAACCCUAAAUCCUAUUCUCAAACCCUAAACCAUGGCUGAGGGACUCGUGUUGAAAGGCACAAUGUGUGCCCACACCGAUAUGGUCACCGCCAUCGCCACUCCGGUCGAUAAUUCCGACGUUAUCGUCACCUCGUCGCGUGACAAAUCAAUCAUCCUCUGGAAACUGACAAAGGAAGACAAGUCUUACGGUGUUGCUCAGCGUAGGAUGACUGGCCACUCUCACUUCGUCGAAGACGUUGUUCUCUCCUCCGAUGGACAAUUCGCUCUCUCAGGGAGCUGGGACGGUGAGCUCCGUCUCUGGGAUCUCGCCACCGGAGAAUCUACUCGUCGCUUCGUUGGUCACAAGAAGGAUGUUCUCUCUGUAGCUUUCUCUACUGAUAACCGUCAGAUUGUGUCUGCUUCUCGUGAUCGUACGAUUAAGCUUUGGAACACACUUGGUGAGUGCAAGUACACCAUUUCUGAAGGUGAUGGCCACAGUGAUUGGGUUAGCUGUGUGAGGUUUAGUCCUAACACUCAUGAGCCAACCAUUGUAUCUGCUUCUUGGGAUCGUACUGUGAAGGUGUGGAAUCUCCAGAAUUGUAAGCUUAGGAACACUCUUGCUGGUCACUCUGGUUACCUUAACACAGUGGCUGUGUCACCGGAUGGUUCUUUAUGUGCCAGUGGUGGGAAAGAUGGUGUGAUCUUGCUUUGGGAUUUGGCUGAAGGGAAGAAGUUGUAUUCUCUUGAGGCUGGCUCUAUUAUUCAUUCACUUUGCUUUAGUCCCAAUAGGUACUGGUUGUGUGCAGCAACAGAGAAUAGCAUUAGGAUCUGGGAUCUUGAGAGCAAGAGUGUUGUUGAGGAUCUCAAGGUUGAUCUCAAGGUUGAAGCUGAGAAGUCUGAUGGUGCUGUUGGAACCGGAAACAAGACCAAGGUGAUCUACUGCACAAGCUUGAACUGGAGUGCAGAUGGAAACACUUUGUUCAGUGGCUACACUGAUGGAAUUAUCAGGGUUUGGGGUAUUGGUCGUUAUUAGAGAUGACAAGUUUAUUUAAUCUCUCCAAUUUUUCCAUCAGACUUUAAAAGUCUUCUCUUCUGAAUUAGUGUUUUGAGGAUUUAUUUUUUGUUCUUUCGAUUUUCGGAAUCCACAAACAUGAUAUUUUGAUCCAUUGGUUCUGUUUUCAUAUUUGUUUUUUUACACUUAUGAGUACAUUGCUUAGAAUAUUA